UGCAUAAUAAUAGAGGGGCGGGGCCGGGUGAGGAAGAGCGGCAGAGGGAGCGGAGGGGCCGGCAGGGUCUGACUCCGAGUGACCCCGGCAGCCCAUGGCCCACAGCGCGAAGCAGCCGCCCGCAGUGAUGCUGCACGGCACGGGCAAGGCUCAGCAUGGCAACUUCCUGGUGGCCAUCAAACAGGAGAAGGGGGAGGCGGCUCGUGCCAGCGGGGAGAAGCCACACGGUGAGGAGGAGCCGGUGAAGAAGAGGGGUUGGCCAAAGGGCAAGAAGAGGAAGAAGAUCCUUCCCAACGGCCCCAAGGCCCCGGUGACGGGCUACGUGCGAUUCCUGAACGAGCGGCGCGAGCAGAUCCGCACCCAACACCCCGACCUGCCCUUCCCUGAGAUCACCAAGAUGCUGGGGGCCGAGUGGAGCAAACUGCAGCUCUCAGAGAAGCAGCGUUACCUGGACGAAGCAGAGCGGGAGAAGCAGCAAUACAUGAAGGAGCUGCGGGAAUACCAGGAGAAGAAGAUCAAAAAAGAGGACGCCGGCUCUGCGGCAGCAAACACUCUGCUGAACGGGCACCCGCACAAGGCCGGCGAGUGCAGCGAUGCCUUCUCUACCUUCGACGUUCCCAUCUUCACAGAGGAGUUCCUGGACCAAAACAAAGCCCGGGAGGCCGAGCUGCGGCGCCUGCGGAAGAUGAACACGGAGUUUGAGGAGCAGAACGCCAUCCUGCAGAAACACACGGAGAGCAUGAACUGCGCCAAGGAGAAGCUGGAGCAGGAGCUGGCGCAGGAGGAGAGGCAGACGUUGGCCCUGCAGCAGCAGCUGCAGUCGGUGCGACAGGCGCUCACCACCAGCUUCGCCUCCCUCCCCAUCCCCGGCACUGGGGAGACCCCGACGCUGAGCACCCUGGACUUCUACAUGGCCAAGCUGCACAGCGCCAUCGAGAGCAACCCGCUGCAGCACGAGAAGCUGGUGGUCCGCAUCAAGGAGAUCCUGUCCCGCAUUGCCAGUGAACAUUUGUGAGAGGACCAGUCCCUGCCUGAGCCCGGGGCCGGCCGGGCCGCAGCGCUGUCCUUUGGAGCUCCUGCAAUGGCAGCCCCUGCUGGGGGUCCGGCUCAUCCCCUGCACCCCGGGGUGACACCUCAGCACCUCGAGCUUCUGGGGACCAACAGGACGGACCUGGCCCGCGCUGCCUCGAGGCCGUGGCUGCUUUAUUUAAUCCUCCCCGUUCCCUUCGCUGCUGCCUGUGGUGCCUUCAGCUCCGUGCCCCUGCCUGCCCCUCCUUCCCCGUGCUAUGGGACCAGGCGGGGCAGCUCCUUCCCCUCCAUGCUGGGGGCUGUGGGGCUCCACCCCUCCCUGCCUUUGUGGGACCACGGUGACAGCGGCUGUGCCGGCGCUGGGGCUGCCAGUCACCCAUCUCAGAUCGUUCUAUUAGAGUGGCUUAUUUUCUUACCAGCACUACGUGGAUCCUUCCUGGGUUUAACCCGGGCUGGGCUCCCACCCUUUUCUCUCACCUGCAAGGUUGGUUCUUUCUGCAGUGGAGUCUCCUGGUCGCCAUCUCGUGGGCUCGGGAUGGGGACGGGAGUGAAUAAAUUUGGGGAAAAAUAAACCAAACAAUUUUGGA